GUUUACGGGACGUCGGCGGCGGCGGUAGCGGUUACUAGGCGGUCGGCGGCGGACCAUGGCCCUGGCCCGGCGUCGUCGGCCGUUCUUCACGGCGUCUUUCCGCAGCGUGGGAGCAGGUAGACUUGGGAGAAGGGACUGACAUGCGCCUGAGCAGCGACCGGCGCGCUUAGCGCCCCGAACAUGCGGCAGCCUCUACGGGCGACCCGGGGCUGCGGAGAGGCGGCGGCGGCGGCUCGGGAGCAAAGGAGGCGGCGGCGCCGGUGGAGGUGAGGUCGGCGGAGCCCGAGGGGGCCUGCUCGGCGCGGCCUGGGGUUUCAUCGACAAGGAUGUUGUCCCGAAAGAAAACCAAAAACGAAGUGUCCAAGCCGGCCGAGGUGCAGGGCAAGUACGUGAAGAAGGAGACGUCGCCCCUGCUGCGGAAUCUCAUGCCUUCAUUUAUCCGACACGGUCCAACAAUUCCAAGACGAACUGAUCUCUGUCUUCCAGAUUCAAGCCUUCCUGCCUUUUCAGCUUCUGGAGAUGGUGUAGUCUCAAGAAAUCAGAGUUUCCUUCGAAAUCCAGUUCAAAGACCACCUCAUGAAAUAAUGAGAAGAGAAAGCAACAGAUUAUCUGCACCUUCUUAUCUUGCCAGAAGUCUAACAGAUGUUCCUAGGGAGUAUGGCUGUUCUCAGUCAUUUCUAACAGAAGUUAAUUAUGCUGUUGAAAAUGGAGACUCUGGUUCCCGAUGUUAUUAUUCAGAUAAUUAUUUUGAUGGUCAGAGAAAGCACCCACUUGGAAAUCGUACACACGAAGACUGCAGAUAUUAUGAAUAUAACCAUGAUAUUUUCCAAAGAAUGCCACAGAAUCAGGGGAGACAUGCCUCAGGUAUUGGGAGAAUUGCUGCUACAUCUUUAGGAAAUUUAACUAACCAUGGUUCUGAAGAUCUACCCCUUCCUCCUGGUUGGUCUGUGGACUGGACGAUGAGAGGGAGAAAAUAUUAUAUAGAUCAUAAUACAAAUACAACUCAUUGGAGCCAUCCUCUUGAGAGAGAAGGACUUCCUCCAGGAUGGGAACGAGUUGAAUCAUCAGAAUUUGGAACCUAUUAUGUAGAUCACACAAAUAAGAAAGCUCAAUAUAGGCACCCUUGUGCUCCUAGUGUACCUCGAUAUGAUCAGCCUCCCCCCGUCACAUACCAGCCACAGCAAACUGAAAGAAAUCAGUCCCUUCUGGUACCAGCAAAUCCAUACCAUACAGCAGAAAUACCUGAUUGGCUUCAGGUUUAUGCUCGAGCCCCUGUGAAAUAUGACCAUAUUCUGAAAUGGGAACUCUUCCAGCUGGCUGACUUGGAUACAUACCAGGGAAUGCUAAAGUUACUUUUCAUGAAAGAACUGGAACAGAUUGUUAAAAUGUAUGAAGCCUACAGACAGGCUCUUCUCACAGAGUUAGAAAACCGAAAGCAAAGACAGCAGUGGUAUGCCCAGCAACAUGGCAAGAAUUUUUAAGCUAAUUUUUUAAAAUUUAUAAAAUUGAACUUUUAUAAGGGCUUUAAUAUUUUCACAGAAAAAAUGCUGCAAACAAGUACUUUGGCGAAUAAAGGUGGCUUGUAUGCCUGAGGUUCUGAAAUCCCGUAAGUCAGAGCUGAGCAGUGCUCUGGUACAAAAAUAAAUAAUAAGUAAAAAAUAAAGGCAGCUUACUUUUUAAAAAUUACAAAAUUCUAAUUUCACAUCUAUUUUGUUUUAAAAAAUGAGUUUAUUACUCUAUAUGUCAACAUGGCAAACACUCCCAAGCUGUACUCCAGGAAAUUGCUUUGAAUAUUCUAACUGGACACAAAUACAGCAAGAAAUAUUAUAAUCUAUGCACCAACACAUGUCGUUAUUACCAGAUACUCUGAAUAUUUGGUAGACUCUUAACGUAGUAAUAUGUUUCUUUUCAAAAUAAGACAGUGGUUUUAACUUGUGGUCCUUUGAUCAGAGAGAUUCUCUCGUUUCUCUCUAUUUCAAAUAUAUAAAUCUUUAAAGAGAGAAAGAUGAAUUGUGCAGUACUUGUUUAAAAUGUUUGCUGCUAAGUAUGGAAUAUUGUCUAGAAUUAAGUGGUUUAAAUAUUACCAUUGUGCAGAUUUAAGCAUACAGCAGGAUUUGGGAUCUUUAUUGUGAUAAAUUUCUAUGUAUAAUGUAUGGGACUCUUUUCUCCCCUCUGUUACCACAUCCCCCCAGACAAAGAAUCUUUUACAGAUGUAUUGUGAGAGCUUUUUUCAUUAUAAAAGGGUAAAUGGCCUGUAACCUUUAAAGAAUAAAUGUAGGCUGAAGGCUGUAGUCCAUAUGGUAUGAACAGAACUUAAAAGUUGCCAACAGCACUUAACUUUUGUUUAGGCCCCUACAGCAUUUAAUAGCAGAAUUCUGAUGAGACAGUGGAAGGUCUCCAGCAGCAUCGCAUACCAUUAUUCUGACUGGCUUGAUCUGCCUAGAUGACAAUCAAAAUUGAUUAUGAAAACUUGGUCAUUGGUUUAUAUUUGAGUUUAUCACAGAACUUUAAACCCAGUAUUUCUACCCCAGUUUUUUUCUUUUGGUUUAGUAAUUAAUACAUUGUUCAUAAUUAGUACAGUACAUUUGCUUGCAGGCAAUUUCAUGGCACUUUUAGCCUUAUAAACCUCUAGAAUUCUGUGAAUUUCAACAUUUGUUGAAGUAGAUCUUCAGAUGUAUUUACAUAUGUUGUAAAUAUGUAAAAAUCUAUUUUAGCUAAGGUAACUUUCCAGAACACAAAGCACUCCUACUUAGAUGUCAGUGAGUCUGAAUUACUGAUAAUGUUGACAAUGUUAACUGUUUGAUUUUAUAGAAAGUUUAUUAAAUAUAUUUUUGUGAAAACAA